AUGUCGGUUCUUCAAAAUGGCAACACAUCCACACCUUCCCACACUUUGACAGCCCUCAAUCGUUGGUCUGUGGCAAAUAAAGAACUCCCGACUAUUGAUAGCAUCAAAACGCUACAUGUAUACGAUUUUGAUAACACGCUUUUCAACAGUCCGCUUCCAAAUCCCAAGCUGUGGAUCGGCGCGACUAUAGGUUUCCUUCAGUCUCAAGACACUUGUAUCAGUGGUGGUUGGUGGCAUGAUGCGCGCAUACUUUCAGCUACUGGCGAGGGCAUUGAGAAAGAGGAACCGCGUGCAUGGAAAGGCUGGUGGAAUGAAAGGAUAGUCGAACUCGUUGAGUUAAGCAUGCAGCAGAAAGAUGCAUUGACAGUUCUCUUGACAGGUCGAUCUGAGAGCGCUUUUUCCGAUCUCAUAGAAAAAAUGAUUGCUAGUAAGAAGCUUGAAUUUGACAUUAUCUCGUUAAAGCCUGUAUCCGGCCCAAACAAUCAGCGUUUCUCAAGCACCAUGAACUUUAAACAGGUAUUUCUUGAGUCUUUGAUAGAGACCUACAAGGAUGCUGAAGAGAUUCGAAUAUACGAAGAUCGCGGCAAACAUAUCAGGGCCUUCCGGGAAUUCUUUGCCAACUAUAACAAGGCCCAAUCAUUGAAAGCUACCCGCGGCCUCAUUGCUGCUGAAGUAAUCCAUGUGGCCGAUAGAGUAACUCAGCUGGAUCCUGUCACUGAGACGGCAGAGGUUCAACGACUGCUCAAUGAUCAUAACCUCCCAAUUUUACGAAGCAAACGUGGGAGACCGUUUCUGAUCAAGAAAACAGUCUUUUAUACAGGCUACAUGAUCAGUCAAGCUGACUCCCAAAAAUUACUUACUCUAGCUCAAAUACCACCCAACUUGCCAGAAUCCGAGGUAAAGUUCCUGGCCAACAAUAUUCUAAUCACUCCCCGGCCAGCACACACCAGUGUGCUGGCAAAAAUUGGGGGUGUAGGUAGUAUGACCAAAUGGCAAGUCACAGGAACUGCCAUUCAUGAAAAUAACAUCUGGGCGGCGCGUGUUCGUCCGGUUCCAGAAACCAAAAUAUACUAUACUGAAAACCCACUCCCCAUUGUGAUACUGGCAUUACGGAAAGGAGCCCGUCCCAUUGACGCAGGUAAGAUACAAAACUGGCAGCCAGUGCUAGCAGAUAAGCAGAUUGUCUUUGAGAGCAUUGUCGGAGAGAAGGUCCUUUUACGAAUAGAAGAGGAAGAUCCCCAGGAAAGUGAUUUUGAAAGUCUUUUCCCAAACAAAAGUCACAAGCGCAAACAUGCUCCCGACGAAGAUGCUUACAAUCGAGACCGGAAUUAUGCGUAUAGCAACCACACAACGAGUGCUCGAGGCGGAGGUACCCCAAACAAUAAUAGUAAGAGAGGAGGUCGAGGCAACCUUCGCAGCACAAUUACUCAGCGUGGCAAUCGUGCUGGAAGAGGUAGAGGUCGUGGAGGCGGUCCUACCUAUGUCUACCGCUCUUUAGAUGAUGUGGACAAGUGGGAUAACAAUGCGUCUCAGGCCACUAAGACAAACUUUACUUACGAGGACUUUCCAGCCUUUCAGAGACAGCACCAUAAUCCACAGCCAUUGGUACAGCACCAAGUCCAAAAUCUUCAACAAUAUCAACCGCAAGUGCAAGGCAGGGUUGGGCUCAGUGGUGAGAAAAGAAACGCAGAGUUACAGUACUCGUAG